AUGUUUCGCCUCACCCGCCCACUCUUGCAACAUGCACUCAAAGCCUCGACGGGAAUCACGGGCGUCAACGUGCAUCCAAAUCCUCUCCCAGCACUCGUAGAAACCUACCAGUCCACUCUGGCCCGAGUAUCCGAAAUCCCUCAGUCGUCCGUCUACCGACAAAGUGUCGAAGCGCUCACUCAGCGAAAACUUAAAAUCGUUCAGGAUGCAAAAGGAGAUGUCGCUGCUGCCGAAGAGGCCUUGGACGAGGGACAAAUAGAGGAAGCUAUAGGGGCCGCCCAGGACGAGCUUAAUUUGGUCGGCAAGAUGAUUGAGUGGAAAGCAUGGGAACCGUUGGAGGAAAAACCUCAGCCAGGACAAUGGGAGUACUUCGGCAAGGCUACUCAAUUCAAGUAG